UUGAGUUUUAGGUUUGAUGAAAGCCUCCAUUGAAUAAUUUGUAGGAGACCAGUACCGUGUGAGUAUUUAUAUGCACCUCUUUGUGCUACUGAAAUCGAAGGAGAUCCAGAUGUUUCAUAUAAUUUUGAUGCACCUAUCUUCACCGAUAGUAUCCCCAACCUAGUAUAAGCAUAUCCAGGUUCUCAAACUUCUAAAUUUAAUUUUACUACAGAAAAAUUAGUUAUUGAAAGUGGAUCAUCGAAGAAGACAUGGAUAGUGGACGUUCCAUGUGGGAGCAGAAGCCUGAGCAUGAGGGUGAUGAGAUCAUCUACAGGGAAGAAGUAGAUCGUGACCAUGAAAGUCAAAGUAGUAGCUAUAGGCACGAGUGGUCCACUACCUCUAACCUUCAUCCUCAUCAUCAGAUCGUAGGUGCAACUGUUGUUGCGGAUGAUGUUUACGGUGAUUUCUUCCCCAAUUACUCAGCUCAACCUCCUCCGUCAACGAUGGUAACACCUCACUUACAAAAUCAACAGCCUAUUCAACAAGAAACAACGGUGAGAAGACAUUACAGAGGAGUAAGACAAAGACCAUGGGGAAAAUGGGCAGCAGAGAUACGAGAUCCCAACAAAGGCGCACGUGUUUGGUUAGGUACUUUCGAAACUGCUGAGGGUGCAGCUCUUGCUUACGAUCAAGCUGCACUCAAGUUCAAAGGCUCCAAGGCCAAACUCAAUUUCCCUGAACGUUUUCAAGGCCGUUCUGAGCUGCGGUUUUUAACAAGCACCACCACCUCCACCGCUGCUGCCGCCCCAGCUCCUGCAAUCUCACCGGGAUCUCAACCACAGCCCCCAAUUAAUCAUACCAUAGCCACCAGCUAUCCCGACUUUCUUCAAUACGCUCAGCUUCUUUCCAGCAAUGAUGCCCAACUGCCUUACUUCGCUUCAACUCUUUAUCAUCAAAACAAUAUUAAUGCUACACAAACGUAUUCUGACUACGCUUCCCACCAAUCUUCUUCUUCAGCAUCGAUGGUUGGAUCAUCAACAAUGUCAUUCCAGCCAAACUAUAGUGAUAAUCCAAGUUUGUUUUCGGAUUCAGGAUCCGACCCGUGGACGCGAGGUGCCUUUGAUGAUAGCAAUAGGAAAUGAGCAGCUAUAUAAGUGUUUUUGUGCUGAUUAGUUAACUAAUGAAAUCUGAGAUUUUGACU